AUUUUUAUUUGUAAGUAUUAUAAUUCGACAAAAUAAAUUAUUUCACUUAUCAUCAAAAUAAUAAAAUGAAUUCAUUCAGAUUGUUUAUUGCAAAAUUCAUUGUAGUAUUAAUCAUUUCUGAAGACUGUAAAUUUGUCAAGUGUACUAAUGAUGCAAAGUUUUUCGAUUCAGAAUGGUUUUACAAUCAACUUACUAAUAUAAGUCUUCAAAUAAUGGAAAUUAAAGACGAUAUUACUCAAAAUGUUAUAUCUGAUUCAAUAAUUAUUUUGCAAUAUUGUUAUCUCAUACCUGAAGAAUAUCCAGACGAAGAAAUGCUAGAAGAUUUCAAAGAUAUUAAUCCAAGGUAUUCAUCAGAACAAAUAUUAAAGUUACGAAACUAUCUCGUAACUAAUCAUGAAAAUAUUUCUGUUGAAAAAGAAAUGCGUGAUGAGUUUUGGAUAAAAGAAUUAAAUGAAGUUGAAUAUAAUAUGCUUGCAAGAUAUUACGAGCGAUUAAAUUUGGAUCCAAAUAAUCAAAUGACGUUACGUUAUCACUACACAAUAUUAUUCCGUGAUUUUGUGAAUAUAAACAACAGUGCAAAUAAUAAGAAAAAGAUGAAGUCUUGGAAAGCAUACUGUAAAAUUGCCAAGUGCACUAAUCAUGAAAAGUUAAUCAAUUCCGAUUGGCUUUACAAUCAACUUGUCAAUAUAAGUCUUCAAUUAAAGGCAAUUAAAGACGAUAUUACUCAAAAUGUUAUAUCUGAUUCAACACUCAUUUUGAAAUAUUGUUAUCUUAUGCCUGGACAAAAUCCGGACGAAAAAAUGCUAGAAGAUUUCAACGAUAUUACUCCUAGGUAUUCACCAGAACAAAUAUUAAAGCUACGAAGUUACCUCAAAAAUAAUUAUGAAAAUAAUUAUGAAAAUAAUUUUGGUGAAAAAGAUAUGCGUAAUGAGUUCUGGGUAACAGGCUUAAAUGAACUUGAAUAUAAUAUGCUUACAAAAUAUUACAAGCGAUUGAAUCUGGAUCCAUGUGAUCAAAUGAUAUUUCGUUAUCAUUACACAAUAUUAUUCCGGGACUUUGUGAAUAUAAAAAUGCAUUAUAUUAUGUCAUAAUGAUAACUAUUAUAAUAAAAACAUUAUAAAUUGAUGAAAUUAA